UCUUGUGGCCGUGUUUGGGAGGUGCGCCUGGAAAAUUUGUAUAGUUUCGACGAUAAAAACGUUACCGCAACACGGCGGCAUAAAGGUAGUGCACCGCGAAGGUAGUAAAAGGUAGUGCGUCCGUCUCCGGAGUUCGUUCGCCAGCGGAAUCUUAGUGCAGCUCCGGUGGACAAACCCUGAGGCGGCAAUGUCCGGCCAUCAGUACGUACCGAACCCAGCGAAUCUGUUCACCGACGAGGACGAAAUCGACGAUGAGCUGUUCCUGAGAAACGCACCCCGUGGUGGUGGCCGUGCUGAUCCGUACCUGCCCGCCGACGAUAAGUACGGUGUGACGAAGGUCGGUUCCACGUACACCCGGCCCGAUGUGCUGGGGCCCGCGGCCGGUUUCGACGUGUCCGGUGGCCUGGCGUACGCCGGGGGCGCCAGUGUCGGUGGUAGCCUCGUUAGUGUUGGCCCCGGGGGCUACGUGAUGGAUGCUCCGGUUUACGGUCCCGGUGGUUACGCGGUGGGGGGUGCGAUUCCGGGCAAAACGCUCGUGUACGGUGGCAGUGCGGCCAACGUGGUGUACGACAGCCCGGGCGAUGACGACGAAAUCGCGCACCAACGGCAAACGUUCGAGCAGCGGCGCCGGGAGCUGGAGGAAAGCACCCUCAUCACGUCGCAACGCUGCCUGGGGGUGCUGCGGGAAACGGAACAGGUGGGCAUUGCGACGGCCGAGGAGCUGCACCGACAGCGGGAGCAACUGGAAAAGACGAAGAAGCAGCUGGACGAGAUCAACAACUCGCUCCGGUUCAGCCAGAAGCAUCUGAACAGCUUGAAGAGCGUGUUCGGUGGACUGAAAAACUAUCUCUCCGGGCGGAUGGUGGCCGGUGGUGGUGGCGGCGGGAGCGGCGGUGGCUCGAUCGCCGGCGGGUCGAUCGCAGGCGGUGCCGGAAUACCUCGCCAGAACAUAUCAUCCCCCACGCCGACCGAGGAAGAGGAUCUGUACCCGAACCCGCAAGACUUCCGGAUUGCCGAUCCGUACUGGCGGGCGGACCAGUCGCCCAUCCCGCCGCCCUCGAUCCACCAUCCACACGCCCAGCAACAUCAUCACCACCACCAUCAACAGCAUCAACAGCAGCAGCAGCAGCAGCAACACAUGGCCAACGGAGGCAGCGGUGGUGGCGCGGGCUUCAGCCAUCAACUGGACCAAAACCUAGACGAGAUGCGGGGCAACCUGUCGCGGUUGAAGAACUUGGCCUUGGAUUUGAAUCAGGAAAUCGACAGUCAGAACGAUCUGAUCGACGACAUCUCCGAUCGCGUCGAGGAUGUCGACGUGAAGAUCGUCAAGCAGAACAAGGACAUGAACCGAUUGUUGCGAAAGUAAGCGUAAGGUCCCACCAAAAACCACAAGCAACCACCACUGCAACGUCGACGGUGGAUCCUUUUUUGUACUAGUAUCUUGCGCCAACCUUAGCCACCUAGUAGCGGACCACGGACGGAAGCGAUCGGACGUCGCGCGCGUGUGGAGCUAGCAAUAGUGCGGCCAUUUUUUGGGUAUAUUAUGUGUACAGUAUUUGCCAGCCAGCCGGUGCUGUGUGCGUGCGCGUAGACCGGAUUCCUUUCGUGCAUGGAAUUCGAAGUUGUUAUUCCUGUGGGUCUAUCCUGUUCUGUUUGUCGCUUCAAUCGGGAGCGGAACUUUUAGUGCUAUAAGUUGUUCUUUUCGUCCCAAGACAUCGGCGGUUCAUAUUUUAGUUAAAAUCGUGAUUUCUGAUAAGAAAAUUGUAUCCUCCUCGGGCGGGAGAGACCAUUACUCCAACAACGAGCGACCACCACGACCGGCAAACAUGGAAACGGAUGAUAAAGUACAUACUCUAUACAUAUGCAUGCAAAAUUAUACAUACAAAAAAUAUAUAUAAAAUAUAUGAUAACACAUCUCUCCAGCAGAGCGUAAGGCAGACGAAAAGAGGCGUGAAAAUAAUGCAAAUAUUAUCGAUGAGUGUACAUAAUCAGACUACGGAGUGGCGGCGCGCAGGGUAACCGACCUAUGAAAAUAACCGGAACAGUCCCCCUAAAGGCGGGCGGAAGAAGGAAUUAUUGUAAAACUACACACGUUGUUGUUGUGAAGCCCGGUUCGGUGGCUUCGGUUACGUUUGUUCUUUCCGGAUCUUAGUCCGACUUUUUUCUACUCCUACAAACUCUAUUGCUGUCCGAUUUACCGAUUUACCGGUUCUUCCUGAACGGGGGGUUUGCUUUCUCGGAAGGUUCAUUAUAGACGUGACUCAUCGGCACACUCACAACACGCAAGGACACGGGCACAUUGCUGUACUCUCGGUACUAAUUCCUACUACCCGGAAUCGUAAACAGAAUCAAAUUGUAAGCCUCUUUCAAACACAUUUGAACGACUCUCAGACUCAAGCGAAACUCAAACUGCAACACGAUGAUAUUGUUAGAUAAUCGGAUUGAAAUGGUAAUGAUAGAUGAUGAGAAUAAAAAUGGAGUAAAACAAAGCGAUAACAAUGUAAAGGAAUUAGAUAGAAGCGCAACGCAGCCGGUCGGGGACGUCGGGCUGCCAGCAUCAUCAGCUUUAGAAAAUCAGGUUACAAAAACGUAGGGGCAAAGCGGACAACGUGCACGAAGUAAACAAGUAAACCAAAAAACCUUUAAAAGAGGAGCAUCUACAUACCGCAUACAAAGGGGGGAAGAAGAAAAUCAUAUACAAAAUCAUAUAUUUGUAAGACGAAACAGACCGAGAGAGAGAAAGAAGCGCGAAUGAUGAUCGUAACCUUCAACGCAAGGCGCUGAUCGGGAGAGUAAAUGUACAAGCCCCGCACUAACGCCGUGACGCGGUGGUAAUGGGUGCGGAUGCUGGAAUGUGGCCCCGGACAUCCGGCUGGAGUGUCCAACGACCACGGGGGCCCAGCAGCAUGCGAAACAUACGCUCAACUCCCGCGCGCGCACGCGCACCAUUCAUCCCUCAAAGUGGAUCGUUUAGCAAUAAUUAUAUUAUCUUUAUUACUAAGCGAAGGACAAGUCGGUGGAACAGAACCGAAACACACAUACUCUGCCCACACACAUACACAACACGUACGUACACUUACACACCCCAAAAUACGUCGUUUACGCGGAUAUUAUGAUGUAUCGGAAUAAA